AUGUCAUCAUCAUCUUCUCCGGUCAUUCCUUCAUUAUCUUCCUCUGGCAUUCAAUCAUCAUUUUCCCCAAUCAUUCAUUCAUCAUCUUUCUCUGGCAUGCCCUCAUUAUUUAGUCAGCCUGCUAGGUACUCUUCCAUGCCUUCGUCUAAAUCCACUCCACUUCCGCAUGGCAUACCCUCAUCAUCUUACCCUUUCUUGCCAUCAUCAUCUUCUCCGGUCAUUCGUUCAUCAUCUUCUACUGGCAUGCCCUCAUCAUCUAGUCAUCCUUCUAGGCUACAUAUUGGAGUCGAUAGUAAUUCGACAUCCCAAUAUACCGAUAGUGAUACAGCUACACAGCCUCCUGCACAGACUUCUACACGAAGUCAGGAUCCUCCAAAUGUUGGAAAAUAUGAUGAUCUUCGGAGGUUGAUUAUUGUGUCCGAUGGAGCAGGCUUUUAUCCUCCUCAGGCUACGAAAGCCGUGGUUGAAUCGAUGUGUUCGUUUUAUCACGCACCAUGGAGGUUCUGGUCAGAAGUUCCAACUAACAUUAGGGACAAAAUGUUUGCUGAAUUUAGGUUGAAGUGUGCAUGGUCACGCGAUUCUGAGGCUGAGGUACGAGUCGUUUUCUUUAAGAAAUGUUCUGAUAGGUUGUCCGAUCUGCUUCGGACUGCUCGAGAAAGUAAUACGAGGCCAAGUUGUAUUCUUGAUGAUUUAUGGGUUAAACUUCUUGAGUAUUGGAAUUCUCCGAAAUUUAAGAAGAAGAGCGAACAAGGAAAGGCAGCCCGUUUGUCCAACAAGGGUGGCUCGGUGCACACGGGCGGCUCAAUUAGUAUUGCGGCUCAUCGAAGAAGAUUGAAAAAUGCUAAAGGAAGACCAGUUACUCAUGAUGAGGUAUUUGAGGAAACACACAUGAAGAAGUUGAAGGAUGGAACAAAAACUACUUGGAUCGAGCCGCGUGCUGAGACAACCAAU